GUCUUGCAGAGUAGCGAGUGGUGGGUGACAUAUAGGGAGAGAUAGAUAGAGAGAGAAGAGAAGAAAAAGAAGGGGUCAUCCUCCUUCUCAGGUCUGGUUUUGGGGAAUGCAGAGAGAUGGGGUUGAACCUGCGCUUCACCCCUGACGCCGCCGGAUUCCGGCCCAAGAGGAAGAAUCAUAGCCGGACGUGUCACCGGAAACACGUUGAGGACGGUUAGUCUACUGGAACCACGGCGGACGUCACGGCCCUUUCACAUCCCUCGCAGUCAUCUCCUUUCUUUCUUUCUCUCUCACUCUCUCUGUAUUUUCUCUCUGUUUUCAUAUUUCUGGUCUCUUUCUCCGUCGAUCGGUUUUUUUAAUCGGUGAUAUAAGUUGGAGAUGGAGAAGAACUGCUCCGGCAAAGAAGGGAAGAAGAGCCCGGCUCUGGACGGGAAGUAUGAGCUCGGGCGGCUGCUCGGUCACGGAACGUUCGCGAAGGUUUACCAUGCGCGGAACGUAGUGACCGGGAAGAGCGUUGCAAUCAAGGUGGUGGGGAAGGAGAAGGUCUUGAAGGUGGGGAUGAUGGAGCAGAUCAAGAGAGAGAUCUCCGUGAUGAAGAUGGUGAAGCACCCCAACAUCGUCGAACUCCACGAGGUGAUGGCGACGAAGACGAAGAUCUACUUCGCCAUGGAGUACGUCAAGGGCGGGGAGCUGUUCUCUAAGGUGGCCAAAGGCCGUCUGAAGGAGGACGCUGCCCGCGCCUACUUCCAGCAACUCAUUUCCGCCAUCGAUUUCUGCCAUAGCCGUGGCGUCUACCACCGCGACCUGAAGCCGGAGAACCUCCUCCUCGACGAGGACGGCAACCUCAAGGUCACGGAUUUUGGCCUCAGCGCCCUUUCGGAACACAUGCAACCCGACGGGCUACUGCACACCACUUGCGGCACGCCGGCGUACGUCGCGCCGGAGGUGCUGGCGAAGCGCGGCUACGAUGGCGCCAAGGCCGAUCUCUGGUCGUGCGGGGUCAUCCUCUACGUUCUGUUGGCCGGAUUCCUCCCGUUUCAGGAUGACAACAUCAUGGCCAUGUACCGGAAAAUCUACAAGGGAGACUUCAAGUGCCCGCCAUGGUUCUCCUCGGACGCCCGGCGCCUAAUUCUGAAGCUUCUCGAUCCUAACCCGAAUACCAGAAUCACCACGGCCAAGCUCAUGGAGAACACCUGGUUUAAGAAGCCAGCGGCUCUGCCGCCGAUCCCCUCGGCGCGGAAGAAAGCCGACGAUUUCGAACAGGACGACGACGACUGCCGCAUGGAAUCCCUGAACGCAUUCCAUAUAAUUUCAUUGUCUCAAGGGUUCGACCUGUCGCCCCUGUUCGACGAGAAGAUGAAGGCCAGGGAGGAGCUGAGGUUCACCGCCAAGGAGUCGGCGAGCAACGUGCUGUCCAAGCUGGAGGAGGUGGCCAAGGAGGUUAAGUUCAGCGUGAAGAAGAACGAGAGGAGGGUGAAGAUGCAGGGCCCGGAGAACGGUCGAAGGGAGCAGCUGGCGAUAUCGGCGGAGGUCUUCGCGGUGACGCCGUCGUUCGUGGUGGUAGAGAUGAAGAAGUCCGGCGGCGACACCCUGGAUUACAACCGCUUCUGCAGCAACGAGCUGCGGCCCAAACUCAAGGACAUCGUGUGGUCGUGGCAAGGGGAGAAUCCCACCACUGCGGCUUGAAAGAAUUUCAAGGACUGCUCAUGCCAACACAGAGAGAGAAAGAGAGAGAGAGAGAGAGAGAGAGAGAGGAGAUGGGGGGCGAGUGUGUUCGAGAUGUAAUUAGUUCUGCAAGUUAAGUGGUACAUAGUCCUGCAAGUUGAAUUUUACGUUGUGUUUGUGUUUCUGGAAUGUUGGUAUGAGGCUGUUCAUGCUGCCAGAGAGAGAGAGAGAGAGAGAGCCAUUUGCUUUUGAGAUGUUUAGUCCUGCAAGUUGAAUUGUGCAUUGUGUUUGUGUUGCUGGAAUGUGGAGAUGUUCUGUUUAA